CCUCAAACACGUACAAAAGCCCGCAACAGCGCUCACUGCUCCAAACCAUCUCUCCCCAUCUUCUUCCACUCCAAUUGACCGUACUCUGUACGUCUGCAUUUCUCCGUGUGAUUUGUUCUUCUCACUUGUUCGAUUCCUGUUUCAUCCACACAUAGUCGCAAAAUGGCCCCCAAAAAGGCUGCGCCUUCCAUCUCCGUCCGCCCUGACGCCCUCAGCGACGAAAAAUGCAUCAUCACCGGCGAGAUCGAUGGCUUCAAGCGCAAGGAGGCUGAGCAGAUCCUCAUCAAUGCGGGUGCGACGAUCGAGAAGAGCUUGAACAAGAAGGUCACGCUUGUUGUCCUCGGUGCAGAUGCCGGCCCCCAGAAGCUGGAGAAGAUUGAAAAGCUCGGGAUCGAGACAAAAGACUGGGAUGAGCUGAUUGAGGAGAUCAAGGGCGAUGGGGGUGCUGCUCCGGCUGACGAUGAUGAGGAAGAUGACGAGGACGAGGAAGUAGAUGAGCCUGAGGAGCCCAAGCCCAAGAAGAAGGCCGCUCCCAAAGAGAAAGCCGCGCCCAAACCCAAAGCCAACACAAAGGCCAAGGCCGACCCGGCACCAGCAGCCAAACCCGCAGCUAGCGGCUCUGGCGACGACUUUCUUUCUGCAAAACACGUGAUCAUCACUGGGACCAUCACAGGACACGAUCGCAAGGACGCCCAGGCGAUUCUGGAGAAGGAGGGCGCCAUCUUCGAGAAGUCACUCAACAAGAAAGUCGAGCUUGUUGUCCUCGGCCAGAACCCAGGCCCGGACAAGCUUGCGAAGAUCAAGGAGCUCGGUGCCGAGACCAUCGAGUGGAAAGAGGUCGCCGAGAAGCUCGGUCUUGAGCUUGCCCCUGAGAAGAAAGUCGCCAAUGUCGAGGCGGGCGAUGCACCGGAUUCCAUUGACGGAAAGACGCUGCUCAUCACUGGUGAAAUCGACGGCUUCACCCGCAGCAAGCUGGGCAUCGAUGCGGAGGCUAGCGAGCCGCCGAAGAAGAAAGCGAAGAAGAACUAGGUGUCUUGUCGGAGCUUGUCCGCAGUGUAAUUAUGUUACGGAAUUCGCUUGAGUGUCGUUGCUUAUGAUCCAUCCUGAAGCUGGCUUCCUAGCUUUUCUCGACAUGAUUCUUCGCGGAAACAAUAUACCCCUUUGAACUGGUACCUGCGCAUAUUCUCUGCUGUGCUCCUUCUCCGUACAUCUACACUUGAG